GGGACAGAGAGACAGACAGAGUGUGUGAGAAAGAGAGAGAGAUACAGUGUGUGAGAGAGGGAGAGCGAGAGAGAGGGAGCAUUGGAGUGGACGUGUGGAUGACUACAGACAGACAGUCAGGAUGCGUGAAUACAAACUGGUAGUUUUAGGAUCAGGAGGAGUUGGAAAGUCCGCUCUGACCGUCCAGUUUGUUCAGGGGAUCUUUGUGGAGAAAUACGACCCGACGAUAGAGGAUUCCUACAGGAAGCAAGUCGAGGUCGAUGGACAACAGUGUAUGUUAGAGAUCCUGGACACAGCAGGGACAGAGCAGUUCACGGCGAUGAGAGACCUGUACAUGAAGAACGGUCAGGGCUUCGCUCUCGUCUACUCCAUCACGGCUCAGUCCACCUUCAACGACCUGCAGGACCUCCGGGAGCAGAUCCUCAGAGUGAAGGACACCGAGGACGUUCCCAUGAUCCUGGUGGGGAACAAGUGCGACCUGGAGGUGGAGCGGGUGGUGGCCAAAGAGUCGGGCAUCGGCCUCGCCCGCCAGUGGAACUCCUGCGCCUUCCUGGAGACCUCGGCCAAGAGCAAGAUCAACGUCAACGAGAUCUUCUAUGACCUCGUGCGACAGAUCAACAGGAAGAGUCCAGUUCAAGGGAAAACUCGCAAAAAGUCCAACUGCCAACUUCUCUAAUAACAGUUUCCUGCUCACCUGACCGACAACCAACCAACCCACCAACCAAUCACAGGACAUCUUCCAGCUGGCCACGCCCCCCCCCCCCUUUUUAACACAACCACGUCAUCAUCAACAUCAGCCACCUCUGACCUAACAAACAUCGAAAGACUUCAGCCGGUGAUGAUCGAUGAUGAUCAUGACGAUGAUGAAGAUGAUGAUUCUGCUGUUGCAGGAAUGGGGGGGCUGUCCAAACAACUGCCCAAAUUUAAACUACGGUUCCCAUCAUGCUCUCUGCUAGGCCACAUAGCACUGGGGGAGUGGCCUCUUGCUUUUACUUUUAAAUGUUCUUUUUACUUGUUUUUCCAGCAGCUGGUUGAACCUGUGGAUCCAUUCAGUGAUUAUUAUUAUUACAGUGGUUAUUAUUAUGAUUAUGUGUGAAAAAAAGAUAUAAAAGUCAUUUAAUGUUUUUAAUUUUUUGGGGCGGGAGGGAGUAGCAGGUGCAGCAGGUCACACGGUUAGCUCGCCGCGCUCCGCUAACUAGCCGACAGAUUUGGCAAUAUUUAGAGAAAAUGCUAACUAUCCACGUAUGCUAAUUGUCGGGUCUGACAUUUUUAAAGAAUGUGGACAAAGCUUACAUAGCUUUAGGCUACCUUGUUAGCAUAGCAGCUAGUGCUCAUGUAAACAUAUUGUGCGCAAAUAAUGCCGUUUGUGAGGUGUUAGCAUUAUGAAUACAUCCAAAAGAGGACUGAAGGCUAACUAUGCUAAUACACUACUUGUGUGAGUGUUAGUAUAUUCACAAAGAAACAGUGAUCGCCGUGAGUUAGCUUGCCAGCUUAGCUGCCAGCUAGCUUGCCGAUAAGGAAAAGCUAACAAAGCUAAACAUGCCGUUUGUAAACAGCGAUGAGUUUCAAAACAUCAAAAUAAAACUAACGCGAUAGUAAAUAUCAGGCAGCGCUAACAGCCAAUUUAAUAUAUAUUUAUUAUGUUUUAAAGGUAAGCUAAUAAUGCCACUUUAGCAAAUAAAUUACAGUAGCUGCGAGCUAACUUGUUAGCGUAGCAGCACGGUGAGCUGACUCUAGAUCUGCUGCUCAGGGCGGACAUGUUGCCUUUAGACAGCAGACUCACACUGGUCCAGUAGGCUACCUUGUGUGUGUUUUUGUGAGUGUGUGUGACCAUAUUAAUGUUGUUAACUCCUCUGAGAGGGAAGCGCUGAAUUCUCUGUUCUUUACGUCUCUGUCCCUCUAUGGAGGAACAAACUUCACCGAAAAAAAAGUUAGAGCUGGUCCUCCAUGUCCCUGCAUGCUCAGAUCAUCCAGUGUAAUACUUCAUGCUACCACGUUAGCAUACACUGGGUGCAGUGGUAGUAGCUAACAUGCUAAAGUGUUAGCAUGGAUGCUCUCAUUCGACGAGGAGCUAAAAUCUCAGUGUCUUUUUAACGGUAGCGCCGGCCGAGGUUCAACACCGACCGGAGGACGUUGGGCUUGAAGUGGAAGCCCCGCCCCCAAACAUAUUUUGGGGGCGUGGCCUGUGAAGCAGCAGCCACAUAAAAAAAAGAA